UGGGACGGGAACCAUGGCGGCUGCUGCCUGCGGACAGCAGAGCGCUGUGUUAACGGUCGCCGUUAGCGGCAAAAAACCACUCGGAAACCUGGAAUGCAACCGGAGGAACCGGGAAAACUCUCGCCGGAGACAAGCUGCUCUUUUGUUCCUCAGCAACAUUUCCCUGGACGGACGGCCGGUCCAGAGCAGCACAACCGAGAACGGAGGAAUCCGCCACCACAAAGAGACCGACUUUGAGGGAGCCAACUCCGGCUUUGCGGCGGCAGCAGCGCCAGAGCUUUGCCCGGAGCCCGGACACAUUAACAGCUACGGGACAUUCUCCAGUUUAUCACCGUCGGUGAGCUGCGGGAACGUUAUUCCCACCCCAGCAUCGAAGGCUGGGUUCACCGUACCGCCUAUUCUCGUCCUUCCGUCCGACACGGGGUUCAACGAUGUGGGGAGCGCGGAGGUAUUACUGAGUUGUCGCCGAGGCUCUUUCCCCUCACCGGGUAACUGUAACCUGCUGUCACCGUCCUCGUCCAACACCAGCCUGCUACCGUCGCCGCUGGGACCACGGAAGUCCUCCACGCUGCUGUCGGUUCAGAGCUGUAACUCCGUGUCCUCAGAGACGCGACACAGGACUCGCAACCUCUCCGGCGGCUCUCCCAGACCUCGACAUACCAAGAAGAUCCACUUCAUCAAAAACAUGAAACAGUACGACACAAGAGGCAGCAGGAUUGUUCUCAUCUGCGCUAAGAGGUCUCUGUGUGCCGCCUUCUCUGUCCUACCGUACGGAGAGAGCUUCUACCUCAGUGACCCAAUGUUAAGCCACCCCAGGAGGAGACACUCCUCUGGAAACAUCUCCACCACCCUGGAGAUGCUGCCAGGCCUGGAAGGUUUCCACCUGGACAUCUACGGCAGGUCUGUGUCGUACGCCCAGUUCCUCUACCCCACCAACGCUCUGGUAAGGCAGAAGCCGUCGUCCACCAGCGACCUGACGCUGCAGAUCCCCGUGUCCAGGAGCACCCACAGCAUGCCAGGCAGGAGCUACCCACCCAGCCGGCUCAACAGCACCGUGGGGCUGGACCUGGGUGUGGAAGACGUGACGGACUAUGACCCCAACCUCCUCAGUGACCCCCAGUGGCCUUGUGGGAAACACAAACGGGUGCUGAUCUUCGCCUCCUACAUGACGACCGUUAUAGAGUACGUGAAACCAUCAGACCUGAAGAAAGACAUGAACGAGACUUUUAAGGAGAAGUUUCCCCACAUUAAGCUCACGCUCAGCAAAAUUCGCAGUCUGAAGAGGGAGAUGAGGAUAGUCGGGGAGGACUGCGGUCUGCAGCCCGUCAGCAUCGCCAUGUCCUUCGUCUACUUUGAGAAGCUGGUGCUGCAGGGGCGACUCAACAAACAGAACAGGAAGUUGGUGUCAGCCGCCUGCAUCCUGUUAGCUGCCAAGAUCAGCAGCGACCUGAAGAAACAGGAGGUCAAACACCUCAUAGAUAAGCUGGAGGAGCGCUUCAGGAUCGGCAGGAGGGAGCUCAUAUCGUUUGAGUUCACCAUCCUGGUUGCCCUGGAGAUGGCGCUCUACCUGCCCGAGAGUCAUGUCAUGCCACAUUACAGACGGCUGGUGCAGCAGCAGCAGGUAUAGCAGUGCCUGGCUCAGCGGCACCUUCCAGCUCCAGCACUGUAUCCCUCAUGAUGCCUGAGGCUGCCGAGAAACCUUCCUCCACUCAGUUCAGCCUCACCGCCAUGAGCCAGCACUGCCUGGCUCAACGGCAAAGCAGCACAGAGCGCCUUCAAGCCCCACCCUCAACGCCAAGACAGAGACACACUGUGACGUCUGAUUCUUUAGCAGGUCUGACCGAGUGGGAAUGACCGGAGACGUCGUUCAUCACAGCCCUGGAGGUGUGAGCGUGUUUUUAUGGGAGGAGACGCAGACGAGCUGAGCAGUUUACAACCUCCCCUCCAAAAGAUUCAUGAAUAUUUGUAGCCUCAAAAGGAACAAAUUCAACUUUUAACACCUUAAAUGUGCCCACAGUCGCUUCCUAAUCAAGAUUAAUGAGCAUAAGACAAUCAUUUUACUGAAGGUUUGAGAUCAUCAUGAAACAUCCAGGACAUGAGUUGUAUGUUGUUUCACUGGUGAGAGAACAUACAGUGGUUCCUUCCACAUCUCAUCCUCCUUGGUUAGUUUUGUCCUUUUCUCCUGUGUGAAGAGGACAGCUCCUUUCAGACAGUCAGAAGUUCCAGAAAAAGUUAGAGUAUAGAAAAUUAGGGCGAAAAUCAGUCAUUAAUUUGACUUUUAUUUUACUGCAGAUAAUAUGAACCCAAUAAACCCUCUUUGUAACGUCCCCCACAAACACUUAAAAGAUGUUCUAAUGGUGUGUUCGAUUUGUAGUUGGAAGUCGGAUUUUAUAAGUUCCCAGUCGGAAAUACAACACAAACACAACUUGUUUGGAGCAAAUUCACCAACCCUGACUUCACCCAGUAAAGAUGGCUGCCCAACAAGUCUGUGGUUUAUCCCUGCAUUAACUUGGAGUGUGUCUCAAACCGCACACUUACGUGAGUGCACUGGCAGGUAGUGUGUAUUGCGCACUAAGCACUACCUUCUGUAGUGACACUAUCGUGGGUAAGUGCUGACCUAGAUGGAGCACUAACGUUUUGCACUUACUGGUAGUGACGUACCAGCAUUUGAUGGCGAUUCUUCUGCCCGCUUUAAUUUACAGAAUGAAUUUCCAACUCUUAAUUUUACUUUCUCUUGUUUACUCCUUACGUAACCCCACCUGUAAACUUUGCCGACGCAGGAUCCUCCUCGGGCUGAACAUGAGUUAGAACAUAUGCCUAUUUCUUUAUUUUAACAUAUAUGACCCUCCUACAUGCUGCCUGGUGGCAGCGCCGCUCCGUUAAUAUACAUCUUUUAGGACAAUCCGUCCUAGUUCUUCCAAAAUCACGUUCACGUACGUGUUUGUAUGUCAUACCUUUAUGGUAUUAAAUGCCUUUUAAAAAUUUGUGAAAACAAAGUACCAUUGCCUAUACCGUAUUCAUCUACCUCAGUUGAUAACAAUAGAAACCAUCAGCACACACGUUCAUGUGUCUUUGUGUGUCUCCCCCACACCUGUUAGCUUUUAAAUAUGCAAAGAUAUCUUCACUGAAUUUAAGUCGUUUACAUUAUACACUUGUUUUCAUUGGUGUUUACACUGAUACCGUUCACGUCUGGCAACAGGAAACCGAUUAUACUAAAAAUCAUCAUUUAAAAUAUGAAAUGCAGUAACGAAGAGGCUAAAACAGGG